AUGGAUAUUAUAAUAAAGCAAUUAGAAAUUUAAAAGUAAAUUUAAGUUACAUAGUCAUAUGUAGAUAAAGAGGAUAAUAAAUAUACAUUUUUAGCUUUCGACAAAGAUAGAUAAUUUUCGAUAAGAGCAUUUUGUUUAGCAUCAGAUUAAAACUCAGAUAUUUCUGAUGAUAAACUCAAAUCUGCAAAAUAAUUCGCAUAAAACCUUAGAGAGUGUAAUCAUUAAAGUAUUUUAAAAUAUAUAGAAGAAUUUUAAAUUGAUAAAUACUAUUUGGUUGUAAUGGAGAGGUUUGAAAUAAAUUUGAUAGAUUGGUAAUAUUAAAAUAGGCUUAAAAAGAAAAUAAAUAGAAAUCAGUUUUUAAAGAUUGCUCUUGAUCUAUUUAAAGCAUUAGAAUAUCUUCAUUCUAAGAACCUCUUGCUUUAAAAUUUAACACUAAAAAAUAUAUAUUUAGAUUAAGAUCAAAAUGUAAAGAUUUGUGACUUCAACAUUUCAUAAGAAAUAAUUCCUUCGAUUGCUACACAGGAAUUUUUUGCUUCUAAAACAUAUAACUUAGAAUUUUAUUUACCUCCUGAAUUAUAUGAUUCCUCUAAGAAUUAAUCUGCCAAGUAAUCUAAAAUUUUUUAAGAGAAAGAAGGAGAUAUUUGGUCAGCUGGCAUGUGCUUAUAUGCAUUGACUGGAGUCACUCUUUUAUUUAUCAAACGAUUAACAAAAGGAACAGGUUUUUUUUUGUUUUAAGAAAAAUUAGAUAAAGAUAUAAGUUAGUUUUUGAUGAAUAUUUUUUGGUAAAACCCAAAACUGAGACCUUCAAUUUCUGAUCUAAUAGAUUCUAUCUAAUAACUAUAACAUAUAUAGAUUGAAUAAAUUUAGGAGGAGGAAGACUUUAAUCCUGAAUUUAUUGAUAUUUAUAACAAAGGUAGAGACUUAUAUAGCAAUGAAUAAUUCUAAGAAUCAAUUGACCUAUUAAAAACAGCUUUGAAUAUCGAACCUCUACACCAUUCACUUUUAACUUUGAUAGGAAGCUUAUACUUUGAAAUUAAGUCAUACGAAGAAUGUAAUGAGUAUUUUUUAAAAGCAAUAUAAAUACACCCUUAAAAUUCAUUUGCCUACAAAUGCUUAGGUCAUUCUUUUUUAAAUCUGAAAAAAUUAGAUGAAGCUGUUAAUAAUAUACAAAAAUCAAUAGAAAUUAAUCCUGAGUACUCUCAUGCUCAUAAUGUAUUAGGAGUAUGUUAUGAACGUAUGUUAUUAGAAGAUAAAGCUGAAUAGUAGUAUAAAAUUGCUCAUAAUUUGCAUCCUUAAUAAUCGUUGCCUUCUUGCAAUUUAGGAUAUUUAUAUGUCCGUAAACAGAAUUUCUAGGAAUCUGAGUCUUGGCUUAAAAAAUCUAUGAACAUAAAUCCAAACAAUUACGAUUCUGUCAUAGAACUGUCAUUUUUAUAUUAUAAUUAAUCAAAGUAUGAAGAAGCCUUGGUUUACUGUAAAAAAGCUUUAGAAAUUGAUCCCUUACAAGAAGAACCAAUAUAAAAUAUAGGCAGAAUUUAUAUCCAUUUAGAGCAGUAUGAUGAAGCAAUCAAUAGUUUAAAGAAAGCUAUUUAGAUAAAUGAAAAAAUGGAAUAUAUGUAUUUUACUCUUGCUUAUGCAUACCUUCAGAAAUUUAAAUACUACCAAGGAAUAUAUUGUUUAAAAAAAUAAAUUAAAUUAGAUUCCAUUGAUAUUGAGUCUUUUGGUAUGCUUGGAGAUUAGUAUAUACAACAAAAAAAAUAUGAAAAAGUCAUCAAGUAUAAAAAGUACUACAAAAAAGAUGAAAUGAUGUUUUUAGAUUAAAUUAAUGAAGCAAAGUCAUAAAUUUGA